AGAAAUCAGCCUCUAGAUUAACCGUCUUCUACGCUCAAUAGCCUCACGUUUCUCGCAAAAAAUGGCUGCCACUCUCUCAGUCCGGCCCAACCGCUUCACUGCCGGUUCGCUAUAUCCUCGGUCCCCGUACCGGAGGCGUGGACCGGAUCACGCGGGACGGCCCAUUAGGAAUGAACUCUGGCGAGGCCUGACUACUCCGAGCAUUACACUGUCCCGGCGCAAGCUGGUCCAAGCAGGCUCGCGAGCUGACGAUUCGGCGCCGUCCGACAUGUCGGUGGAGAACGCUCUCAAGCUCCUCGGAGUCACCGAGGGCGCGUCGUUCGAUGACAUACUCCGCGCCAAGAACUCGAUCCUCGCCUCCUGUAAGGAUGACCAGGAGGCAAUUGCGCAGGCUGAAGCUGCAUAUGAUAUGUUGCUUAUGCAAAGCUUAACUCAGCGGCGAAAAGGAAGGGUUGUGAGUAGUAACAUUCGUUAUGCUGAUGUUAAACCUGUAAAUGCUCCUGGAAUGGGAUCAAUGCCUCAGUGGUUGCAGGCUACUAUGAAAAAUGCACCUGUUUCAGUUGAAACUCCAUCGACUGGUGAGCUGGGCAUACAAGCAGGCGUAUAUGGGGCUCUAAUGGUCUUAACCUAUGUCAAUGGAACUUCGACAUCGCCCACAGUGCCGUAUGGUGGGGCUGAUGUUCCUGGAUUGAUCUUGGCCGGUAGCUUUGGAGCUUCCUUGUACUUCAUGACCAAAAAGAAUGUCAAGUUAGGGAAGGCUACUGUAAUUACCCUUGGGGGCCUUGUGGCUGGCGCUGUGGUGGGAUCUGUGGUUGAGAACUGGUUGCAGGUAGACAUUGUCCCAUUUCUUGGCAUUCACUCCCCUGCAGCUGUAGUAAGCGAAUUUAUACUUUUCUCUCAAUUUUUGGUCUCCCUGUACCUAAGGUAGGCUAAGAGAAGAUUGUAAUUGUAAUUUAAACCCUGCAAUCUGUAAUUAUUCAUUUGCAUGAUCAUACCCGACCUUUUUGAGGAUGUGUAUCAUUGCAUAUUGUACAAAUCUCAAUAGAAUGUAGUGAAACUUAAAUCA